UUCGCUGCUCUCAUUCAAAGUUUCAAUCUUCAAUUGAAUUAGCAUACUAUGUCAUUAUGAUUCACCUUAUUCCUUUCUUAUGUCAAAAAUAAAUUAUUCCUGAUUUUUCUUCUUCUGCUUCACACACACCAGCUGUUUGUUUCUUGGCCUCUUCUAUUCUCCUUUUGUUUGGUAUUUUCAACAAGUUGGUUGGAAUGGGAUUUGCUUUCUCCUUUGGUUCCUCUUAUGACUUUGCUACCCCAACCAAAGAAGUUCAAUGGCUGGGGUCUGUCUUUACUGGCAUCAUCUUCUGUGUAAUUGUUUAUAGAUUGACUGCUAUUUUGAGUUCUGUGUUGUUCACAGGAUAUGGGAAAUUGAGUAAUGCACAGAAAAUUGAAUGGAAUAACCGGGGAUUCUCAACAUUUCACGCUCUGUUUGCAUCAUUUACGUCAUUUUACCUCUUGAUAUUAUCAGAUAUCUUCAGUAAGGAUGCACAAGAAGAGCUUAUUGUUAAUAGAUCGUCUACUUUCUCAAAUUCGGUGCUGGGGAUUUCUAUAGGUUAUUUUCUGACAGAUCUGACAAUGAUUCUUUGGCAUUUUCCAGCUUUAGGGGGUAUGGAAUAUGUUUUGCACCAUGGGCUGUCCAUGUUUUCAAUUAUCCAAGCUUUGCUAAGUGGUCAAGCACAGAUCUACAUACUAAUGGUUCUUUUCUCUGAGAGCACAACUCCCUUUGUAAAUCUAAGAUGGCACUUGGACAUUGCUGGUCUUAAGGGCUCCAAUCUUUACAUUUGGAAUGGUGUUGCAUUGUUCUUCGGGUGGUUGAUUGCUAGGAUUAUCCUAUUCAUGUUCUUUUUUAUCCACAUGUGGACCCAUUUUGAUGAGGUCAAGGAGGUCUACCCAUUGGGUUUUUACAGCUUGCUUGCGGUGCCUCCUGUGUUGACAAUGAUGAAUGUGUUCUGGUUCUGGAAGAUUGCCAAGGGUUUGGUUAAAACUAUUUCAAAAGCAAAACAUAGCAAGUGAGCCUACUAAAUGGCCAUUGAAUUUAUUCAAUACAGUUGUGAUUAACAUUUUUAUUUUUCAUUUACCAUACUUGCAAUAUUAAGUAUAAUUUUAUGCUGUAUAUUUGGCAUUAGGCAAUAGCAUAUUUUUUUCAGUGAUUACAUGUAUUAUAUGAAUCAUCACAUUCUAAAGAUCAGCAGGAGCUAAAACCACAAUGCUAUAUCUGUCAUUACAUAGUUCAAACAUUCUGUAAGA